CUUGUAGCCCCUCGCAAUCCACUUGGUGUCCAGCUUCUUUGCCCUUCAUUCUCUCGACAGGUAUUCCCUCCAGGAGCUGCGCGGACGCCGCCACUCCAUCCACAUGCGAUUUCCCUCUCCCAGGCGCAUUUGCACAAUCAUGGCCUCUCCCCUUCGCAAGCAUCCAUCCUCCCCUCUACAGACUUUCGCCUGCCGCCUCUUCAGGGCAAGGACCUCGGCGAGCACUUCUGGACCAUUGGUCGAGACGCAGCUCAGCCCUGGCUUGGCUUGUCCGAAGAGCUAGCCUCAGCCAAACUCUUGCCGCCGCCCUCUUCGCAAGACGCAGAACAUCAACUUGAUGAUGCAAGGCCCUCACCUUUGCAAUGGAUCGGCAUGGACUCGCAGCUUCGCACCAUGAUGGAGCCGCGACACCCGCAUUGGCUCAGAGUCUCUGGCUGGGUUAAGUACCCAGUGCUACGAUCCAGCGAUGGCAACGCGACGACACUGGGCGAAGGUCAGCCAGUCGACUAUCCCGACGUCAAUGAUGCCGCCCUCGUCUUCGAUGUCGAGACCAUGGUUGCAGAAAGCCCCUUUCCAGUCAUGGCCACAGCUGCCGGACCCAACGCCUGGUACGCAUGGCUGAGCCCCUGGCUGAUGGGCGAGUCAGAUCGCAAAGAUCACCUAAUUCCCUUCGGCGACCCUGCUACGGGCACCUCACGCCUUCUCGUUGGCCACAAUGUAGGCUACGACCGCGCUCGUAUUCGCGAAGAGUACAGCCUCUCCCUCAGCAAGACCCGCUUCAUGGAUACCCAAUCAUUGCACAUCGCCGUACGCGGCAUCUCCUCGCCGCAGCGACCCGCUUGGAUACAAUAUCGAAGAAACCGAGCAAAGAAACAGGCAGAGAAGCUGCUCUUGGAUCAGGAGCUGCGUGAUGAACAGAGGCAAGAGGUACUCAAGCUGCUAGGCGGGGAGAGACUCGAAGACGCUGAGAUCGCGGAGCUUGUCUCGAUGGGCCUCGAUCUCGACGCCUUGACUGAUCGCAUCGCGCCGUCCCCCACGCCGAGCAUUGAUGAGGACGGCAUGAGCGAUGAUGGCGACUCAGACCCUCGACAUGGCUUGCAAUGGCAAGACAUCAGCUCGACGAAUUCUCUUGCAGAAGUUGCCGCCCUUCACUGUGGCAUCCACCUGCCAAAAGAUCUGCGCAAUCACUUCGUUGAUGGCACGUCCCGUCAAGGCAUCCUCGACGAGCUCGACACGCUCCUCUCCUAUUGUGCUCGUGAUGUCUCCGCCACGCACGCCGUCUUCGCCAAGGUCCUCCCAGCUUUCAGAGAGACUUGCCCUCAUCCAGCCACCUUUGCUGGCGUGCUUGGCCUCGGCAGCCCCAUCCUGCCCGUCGAUGACGAAUGGCUCGAGUACCAGCAACGAUGCGACGUCAAAUACGAGGAUGCCCUCAAGGGAGUGCGUCAAGCUUUGAUCUCGCUCGCCGAAGAGCUACGAGAGGAGCACAAGAGGCGUGCCGAAGCCGAGCCCGAGUGGUGGAAGGUGGACCCUUGGCUCUCCCAACUCGAUUGGUCACCGAAAAAGCCCAAGAAGCCUAAGCCGGGCUGUGACGGAGAAGAGGUCGAGACUGUGCCGAAGUGGUACCGCGAGUACGUCCUCGGCGCACGCGCACCCUCGACGGCUCAGAAGAUCACGCCAUUCGUUCUCAUGCUUUCGCUCCAUGGCGAGCGUAUCUCGCAGAGCGAAGAAGGGAAGUGGAUGGCUGGCACGGAGCAGCUGAGCGCUAUGCCGACCAGCAAAGGCUUUCUCUCGUCUGCUACCGGCAAGGAGGUGGUUUCGGACUUGGGCGAGGAGGGUCAAGCGGUUCUCGACGCCGUGCGCUCAAAGUCCAGCAAGGAGGACAUCGCAGACAAGCUGCGACACGCAGCAGAGCUCGUCUACGCUCGCUCGCAAGAGGAUGCGACCCUCGCACAACGCAUGGAUGGCCUAGACUGGUCCCCCGUCAGCCCGCCAGAAGAGAUCGAUCCUGAUUCCUCUUCGGAGACGUGGCCCCGUUGGUACUGGGAUCUGUACAAGUCAGCGACCGGCCAGCUGGAACUUACGAUUCGCACCCGGAUUGCCCCGCUCCUGCUCAAGGUAUCUUGGCGGCAAUGCCCUCUCUUCCAUAGCAGAGAGCAUGGCUGGAUUUACAUGCAUCGCCCGCACGAGCAAGAAGCCUUCAGCACACGGCAGAAGCCGCUCAUCUUCACCCACGAAGCGGAUGAAGCGCUCAAGGCGGCGUCAGAGAACUUCAACUCGCCCAGUCUCUUCUACAAGGUCCCACACACGGCCGGCGAGGACUCGAAUGUGGGCAGUCCCUUCAGCAAGAGCUUCAUGGCCUUUUUCGAAGACGGAACCCUGCGCAGUGAGCACCCUGAAGAGCUAGGCAAACGCGCCGCACGCGAUGCCCUCGAUCUCAAUGCACAGUGCAGCUACUGGAUUGGCGUGCGAGAUCGUGUGGCAAAUCAGAUGGUUGUGUGGGAUGGCGAAGGCGGGUCGAAGAUGGAAUUCGGUCUAGGUGCCAGCGGUAUGCGGCGUGGCGAGAAGGAGAAGACGCGGCGCAAAGGUCUCAUCCUACCACAGGUAGUCACGAUGGGCACGAUCACCCGCCGAGCAAUCGAGAAGACGUGGCUCACUGCCUCGAAUGCGAAGAAGAACCGCGUGGGCUCCGAGCUCAAGUCGAUGGUCAAGGCACCCCCAGGAUGGGUCAUCGUCGGCGCAGAUGUGGACUCUGAAGAACUCUGGAUCUGCUCAGUGAUGGGUGAUGCCCAAUUUGGCGUGCACGGCGCCACUGCCAUUGGCUGGAUGACGUUGGAAGGCACCAAGUCAGCUGGUACGGACCUUCACAGCAAGACAGCAAGCAUCCUCGGCACGAGCCGGAAUCAAGCCAAGGUCUUCAACUACUCGCGCAUCUACGGUGCGGGAAUCAGACAUGCAACGCAGCUGCUGCUCAAAGCCAACCCGGCGAUGCCUGGUGAAGAGGCUACCCGACUGGCAAAGGAGCUGUACGCCUCGACAAAAGGAACAAACACGCAUUCGCCCGAGUACUUCGGUCGUAAAUUCUGGUUCGGCGGCACAGAGUCAUUUGUGUUCAACAAGCUGGAAGAUGUUGCGCUGAGCGAGCAUCCUCGGACGCCUGCGCUCGACUGCGGGAUCACUGCGGCCUUAUCUCGCAAGUUCUUGCCCAAGUCGCAGGGCGGUGGCGGCGGUGACUUCAUGCCGUCCCGCAUCAACUGGGUUGUUCAAUCAAGCGGGGUAGACUACCUGCAUCUCCUCAUAACAAGCAUGGACCACCUGUGUCGCAUCUACGACAUCUCCGCCCGCUUCAUGCUCAGCGUGCACGACGAGGUGCGCUACCUCGCCCGUGAAGAGGACGCGCAUCGCGCCGCAUUGGCGCUCCAGAUUGCAAAUUUGUGGACGAGAGCCAUGUUUGCUUUCAAGCUGGAGAUGGAGGGGUUGCCCGAGGGGGUGGCGUGGUUCGCGCAGGUGGACUUGGAUAAGGUGCUGAGAAAGGAGGUGGACGAUCCGUGCGUGACACCCAGUCAGACGGAGCCGGUACCGACGGGCGAGGCACUCGAUAUUCAUCAGAUCCUGGCAAAGACGAAUGGGGGAUCCCUCCAUCGUGAUGGGAGGGCGAUGGAGGAGGUGGCAUCCAACAACGAGACGACGUCGAAGCCGCACCGAAGGGCGGUUCACCCUCCUUAUCAGCCUUCGGAUCAGAAGCACCGCAGUCUUGGCGACCGAGGUAUCUUGUACUUGCAGGCGCAGGCGUCAGACGACAUCCAUGAGAUUCGGGCUCUGGAGAGACGGGCCAAGGCACUUUCGCCUCCCGAACCUGCUUCGAGAACAAAGCGAUGGGCCUCCGGGUCUGCGGGCAAGAGCGCACGCACGCCUCGCUCAGCCACUGGCCUACCGACGUCGCCUUCUGCGGCUGAGCGCCGUCGAGCUAAAGAGACGCCAAGUCGCGAGCAGUUUUCCCGCCUUCUUGUCCGCAUCCGCAAGGAGCAUUGCCAGCAUUCAGCCCGCCUCAAGUCCCGCAGUCAGAUGCGCAAGGUGCGCCCACCACCAGCAGCCUGUGCCCCUCGCGGACCUCGACCUCUCCCCUCCGGCUCACUCAUCCCCCCGUCAUACUACAACGUUCCCCUCCUGCGCUUCAAGCCGCGCCAGCCCAUUCGCAUCACCAUGACGAUCAAAGCCCGCCGGCUGAGACGCAUUGCCCGGCAGGAGAGGUUGCGCGAGCUGAACGAGGAGGUGGGUAUGUUGUUGGAGGAGGACAGGAUCAUGGCCCAAUUACGGGCGAGCGGCCAGGGCGAGACACGGACCGAUCCCCCGAAGAUCUGGUUGGACGUCGUGAAGCAGCGACAACAGGUUAUAAGCGAGGCGUGGAGGCGGGAAGAGGCCCGGUCGCGGAUGGUCUUCAGCCCAGAGAUGCUGAUGAUUGCGAAGGAGGCAAGGAGAGCUAGAGUUGAAAGAAACACGAGAAAGAAGAGAGAGCAGCGCGAGGGUGGAGAGGGGGAGGGAAAGGGUCACAAGCAGAAAGAGGGGGAAUGA